UGCGCAUGCGUGUAUAAAAGCGGUGCAUGCGCAACCCUCUGCACUCACAACACUUGGGAACGUCGAACCUACUCAACAUGAAGGUCAUCAUCGUAGCUACUGUCCUAGCGGUGUGCAGCGGCGCCUUGGGCGGCGUAGUGCCGGUGGCGGCGCCCUACGCCUACGGGCGGCCGCUGGGGCUGGCGGCGCCGGUGGUGGCACACGCGCCCGCUUACGCAGCGCCUUACGCAGCGCCUUACGCCGUCGGCGUCGGACACGCCAUCGCUAAGGUGGCGGCUCCGGUCGACGAAUACGACCCCAACCCCCAGUAUUCAUACGCUUACGACAUUCAGGAUGCUUUGACAGGUGACUCCAAGAACCAGCAAGAGACCAGAAACGGCGACGUAGUCCAAGGCUCGUACUCGCUGGUGGAGCCCGACGGCACCCGGCGCGUCGUGGAGUACACCGCCGACCCCCACAACGGAUUCAACGCCGUCGUGCACAAGGAGCCGGUGGGCGCCGCCGUCGUCAAGGCCGUCGCUCCCGUCGCCGCCCACGCUUACCUCCACUAGUCCCAAACGAUGACCACCAGACGGGGCUGGAGUAAUCAGAAAUAUACCAUCUUCGGGGCCCUAGCAUCUAUGACCACCAAUGUCAUCAACUUUCACCAUUGUAUCAAUAACUAAGAGACGGUAGUUACGUAAAAUGAGCCCUCAUUUCUGUAAUCUUAACUUCGUCUGACAGAUUUGCCGCUUAGAUGGAUUUAGAGGUGCCGAUGACAUUAAACUACAUUAAAUACAGUUUACUGUCCGCCUCGUGAUAUGUAGUCUAAGAAAUCGGCCACCAAACGUAUUAAACUGGUUAUCAAAGGAGAACUUUGGAUAUAUUUUGCGCUUUAUGAAAAUUAGAGUGUUCCGCUUUUUUCUUGAUUAUUAUUUUUUGUUAACGGACUAAGAAUGUCAGUUAUUGUUUACACGUUGAACUUAAGGGGAUCUAAUUGUAAUUAGCAGUUGUUAGGAGUGAUGUCAGCGUGGUAUUUGUUACGUGAUUGUAAGUAAUGCGUUUAUUUAAAUCCGUCUGGGCUGGCUUAUGUUCCGUCCCAGUGACCUGAACCGUGUUGUGUUGAUUAUUUAUGUUUAUGUAUUGUUAUGUACUAGUGUUAAAACUAAGGUAAUAAAUAAGAGGAAUCGAA